AUGAACACAUUAGCCGAGAGCGAGAAGGGAGCCCCAGAUACCGCCCACAUUGUAGAAAAAUACAAGACCGGGGCUCGGGAAAGCUCAAAUAUCACCACCACGGACUGCCUGUCUUCGGCAACCAGCCCAUCCGAUAGUAGCGACUCGGCAGAAUCUACACCGGUAGCCACAGUCGGGGCAGAAUCAAUCCCUGAUGGCGGCAUCACGGCAUGGCUCCAGGUGCUUGGCUGCUUUAUCAUCUUUGCCGAAACCUGGGGCCUAGUCAACGCGUUUGGUGUCUACCAAACAUAUUACGAAACCAACAUGCUCUCUUCGGUCUCAUCCUCAUCCAUCUCCUGGAUUGGAUCAGUGCAAGGCGCUUUGCUCAUGAUGGUCAGCUUUGUCUCGGGCCCACUCUACGAUGCAGGCUACUUCCGCCACCUGAUAUUCGUGGGGCUAGCCCUUCUCGUCCUGGGUCAAUUCCUCAUAUCUUUCUGCUCAGUAUACUGGCAGGUGCUUCUUGCGCAGGGCGUCAUGACCGGUAUCGGUAUGGGCCUGAUCUUUUCGCCUGGGGCUGCGAUUCUAGCUCAAUACUUUCACCGGCGGCGAGCCCUCGUCUUGGGAUUAUCAUCAACUGGCUCUCCCCUUGUGGGCAUCACGCUUCCCAUCAUUUUUUCGAAGCUUGAGCCGAGAAUCGGGUUUGCAUGGACGACCCGCACGAUAGCAUUCAUCCUGUUGGCAUUGUCGGCCAUACCUCUGGCAUGUAUGCAUACACGCCUGCCGCCCAGCGAGGGGUCUCGAAGGAGGAUCCUUGAUCCCACGGCUUUGCACGAUGCGUACUUCUUGACCACAGUGUGCGCAUCCUUCUUCACAUUCCUCACCCUAUUCGUGCCGUUCUUUUACCUCCAGCUCUACGCGGAGAUGCACGGGCUCGCAAGCCCCGAUAUUUCGCCUUAUGUAGUGACAGUGCUCAACGCCGGCAGCAUCGUUGGUAGGGUCGUUCCAAACCACGUUGCCGACCGCGCCGGGUCCAUCAACAUGGUGCUGGUGUGCGGUGUAGCCGCACUGGUAGUUCUGGCGGGCUGGUUUGGAAUCCAGAAUUUUGCCGGGUUGAUCGUAUUUGCCCUGCUGUACGGCUGCUUUUCUGGCGGCGUAGUGAGCCUGAUGCCCAGCGUCAUCAUAUCGUUGACUCCGGACCCAGGGAGAGUUGGGGCAAGGUUGGGCAUGAAUUUCCUCACCACGGGCGUGGCUCUGUUGGUAGGAACCCCGGUCGCCGGAGCCGUGCUCAAUGGGUUCGGGCGUAGCCAGUGGCUUGGAGUAAUUGGGUACUCGACAGCUGGCAUGCUUGUUGGGGUAUCUUUCCAAGGUUUAAGCCGACUUUUGCUCUGGCGCACCAAGGGACAGAUUAAGGCCUGA